GUUGUGGCUGCUCGUGCACUCACGCACUUCGUACGUGGUGCGGCUUCGGUGGUGGGCCGCCGCUAGGUAAACAAAUGGUUGGGCUCGCGGAAUGGCCCAGAAGCUUUAAAAUGAUCGUCUAAGUUUGCAAUCGUAGCUUUACAAUGGACUCGGUACGUAGCGCCUUCUUUUUCGCAACAUCUUUACGUGCAUCCAGAGUAUCAUCAUGACUAAUGUGAACUGCUGGCAACAAAGCCAUGGCAACCAUGUUCGACCACAAUCGAAACUCGACGGGACUCAAAUUUCCCAAGAAAGAAUGGACGAGAGAGAUCGAUCGCAGCUGGGACCAAGCACUUCCGGUACCCAAGUGGGCCAUACGCUGUGGACCCUGGCUAGUGGCGGGAGCUUCAUUGGUUUGUUUUGGCCACAGCCUAGCUGGUGACUUUGUAUUUGACGACACAGAGGCGGUGGUGCAUAAUGCGGACAUACAGCCAGAAAUUCCACUGCGGCGCAUAUUUGAAGAUGACUUCUGGGGCACUGAGUUGCAGUCUGAGUCAAGCCAUAAGUCAUACAGGCCCCUUACCACACUAACUUUCAAGCUCAACUGCAUGUUGGCUGGAGGCCUCAUAGCCAGCCACUUUCAUGCUGUCAAUGUGGUCCUCCAUGCACUCGUGUCACUACUUUCGCUGCAUCUCUUCAGGAUACUUCUUCAGGGGGCGCCACGUGCCUCCCUCCUCUGUGCCCUACUGUUUGCUGUGCACCCAGUCCAUACAGAAAGUGUGGCAGCUGUGGUGGGCAGGGCAGACCUGCUGUGUGCUGUGUUCUUCAUCCUCUCCUUCCUGUCUUUCACUCGCUCCUGCUCAUCAGAGAAUGCCUGGUCAUCUUGUCUCUGGCUCAUGACGUCUGCAUCUUUGAGUAUUGUGUCCAUGCUUUGCAAGGAACCUGGCAUUACAGUCAUAGGAUUGUGCUUCAUAUACGAUACAGUUAUCAUCUGUAAACUUGAUCCGCACUACAUCAUCAGGGAAAGAAGUGGCAUGGUUCAACUUAAGAGGCAACUUUUCCGAGCAGCUCUGCGGCAAGGCACCCUUGCUACGGUGGCCUGUGCAGCACUGGCUAUACGCUGGAAGGUCAUGGGUUCAUCUUCACCUGUGUUCCAAAGGAUUGACAAUCCGGCUUCCUUUGAGGAGAACUUCUUUGUCAGGGUGGCAAACUACAACCAUGUGUAUGCCCUGAACACCUGGCUGUUGCUGUGUCCACAAUGGCUGUGCUUUGACUGGUCCAUGGGCUGCGUGUCCCUCAUCCGUUCCAUCACAGACGUUCGCAUUGCCAGCGUUGUGGCCUUCUGGCUCUCCCUUGCUGUGCUUAUCAGCCAAAUGGUGCUGGCAGCAGAUGCCCAGCUGCGAAGAUUGCUAUGCAUAGCGCUCUCUCUGUUGGUGGUGCCAUUUCUGCCCGCUUCAAACAUCUUCUUUCGUGUGGGCUUUGUCGUGGCCGAGCGAGUGCUCUACCUUCCCAGCCUGGGCUUCUGCUUGCUGGUCGUGCUAGGAAUGGCACGCCUCGCUGCCACUUUGCCUCAACACCGGCAGGUGUUGCAGUACUGUCUGAUAGUGCUACUACUGGUUUUCACAGUCAGAAGCACACAGAGGUGUCAUGAAUGGACCAAAGAGUCUUCAUUGUUCGAGUCUGGUCUCAAAGUAUGUCCAGGAAAUGCGAAGGUGCACUACAACUUUGCCAAGAAUGUGGGUGACAGCGGGAACAGAGAGGGGGCCAUCCAGGGCUAUCGGGAGGCGCUGCGCCUGCACCCAGACUAUGACCAGGCAAUGAACAACUUGGCAAACAUCCUUCGGGACACUGGAGAGCUGGAAGAGGCACGAGCUUUGCUUCAGAGGGCUGUCCAGCUUAGGCCAGAUUUCGCAGCUGCCUGGAUGAACCUAGGCAUUGUUCAAAGCAGUUUAGGCCUGCUGGAUGAUGCUGAGCAGAGCUACCGAACUGCCAUAAGCCACAGAACCAAGUAUCCAGACUGCUACUACAAUCUUGGAAACCUGUACCUGGAGCAAAAGCGGUAUGAAGAUGCCUAUCGUGCAUGGCGCAAUGCUACUCGGCAGCGACCAACACACCUCGUCUCGUGGAACAACCUCGUCCUGAUGCUGGACCAACGAGGUCACACAUCCGAUGCUGAGCGUGCCGCACUCCAGGCUUUGAGGCACCUCCCCCAUGAACCUGCCCUUCAUUUCCAACUGGCCAACAUUCUCGGAAAGGCAGGAAAAUAUCAGCGCUCCGAGCAGCACUUCCUGGCAGCCAUUCGACUUAAACUGGACAAUCCCAGCUAUCACACCAACCUUGGUGUGCUCUACCACCGCUGGAAGAAAUACGACCAGGCAGAGGAAUGCUACCGAUAUGCAUUGAAGCUCAAGCCUGACCUGAAAAGUGCCCGUGACAACCUGAACAUGCUGCUGCAACAAACGAGGCUGCAACCUGUUGAAACAAAACGUUGAUCCAGUGGUUUACAAUUGAAUGACACUGGAUAUGCUCAUUGCAUUGUGUUACAAAAUGUACGUAUUGCUGGCUCAGUUUA